AUGGUAUUCCGUGCAGAACGAACUUUGAGCGGGCACGACGCUCUUGUUCAUAGUUGUUGUUUCUCUCCAGACGGGGAGAAGGUUCUCUCUGCUUCAAGUGACAGGACUUUAAAGACAUGGCGGGAGUCUGACGGUGCGUUGCUGCAUACCUUGAGCGGGCACGACGCUCUUGUUGAUAGUUGUUGUUUCUCUCCAGACGGGGAGAAGGUUCUCUCUGCUUCAGGCGACAGGACAUUGAAGAUAUGGCGGGGGUCUGGCGGUGCGUUGCUGCAUACCUUGAGCGGGCACGACACUUUUGUUUAUAUUUGUUGUUUCUCUCCAGACGGGGGUUCUCUCUGCUUCAAGUGA